GCAGCAGGGCGAGCAGCAGGGGGAACAGGGGGAGGUGGUGUUGCGGCCGGAGCACCUGAGGAAGGAGAUCGAGACGCUGAAUGAGCGGAUCUACUCUGCCAUCAACAACGGCGUCUACCGCUCCGGCUUUGCAACCACCCAGGAGGCCUACGAUGAAGCGCAGGCUGAGCUGUGGGCUGCUCUAGACGAGAUGGAGGCCCGGCUGCGGCGCUCGCGGUUCCUGCUGGGGAACAGGCUAACGGAAAGCGACGUGUGGCUGUUCCCCACCGUCGUUCGCUUGGAUGCGAUGUACGGCCCGCUCUUCAAGUGCGGCCGCCGCAGGGUGUUUGGCAGCGGCGGCGGCGGCGGAGGAGGAGGAGGAGGAGGGGAGGGAGAUUACCCGGCGUUGGCUGCCUGGGCGCGGGACAUUUGGCAGGUUAAGAUUCCUGGAUCUCUGAUACAGAUCAGUGACACCCUGGACCUGGAUGCGGCGCGUGCCUCAUACUUCCGCAGCCUCUUCCCACUCAACCCCAGCGGUAUCGUGCCCGCCGGCCCCUCCGCGGCGGACCUGCAGCUGGAGCGACCCGCGGGACGCGGCAGCAGCGGCGAGGGCCUGGCGGACGUAUGUUACAUGAGCUGAUGUGUUGGUUUGCAGCUUGGUGGAAGGCGCAGAUGUCAUGUUUGCGGCACGUGUUUAUGUGGACGCUUUUUCGCGGUGUUGAGGGCAUGGAUAGAAACCAUAGGAUGUUGUGUUAAGGGGGCGGCAUGGGAGGCCGCUUGCGGAGCUAUCCCUUAGUACGAGUAAGGCUGUUGCCUGUCGCUUCACGGAGCCGGAGAGCAGGUGCGCAUAACCUUGAAUGAUCUAGAUUUAUAAUGACCUAGUAACGUCCUUACGUCCUGAUGCCUAAUGCUCGUGCGGCGUUACAACUCGUCGGUAACUUAAUGUGGCAGGAGAGGUACGGCGCGUGGCUACAGUGUGGUGCUUAUAAAAGCAGUGCCUGGGGAAGCGGUGCCAAUAUGCUUCUAUUUAUUGCGAUUAUAAGGUGACAUUUGAGUGGCCGCCAAAGACUUGACGAAGGCUUGACGCACUCAUGCGUGUACGAUUCGUCUUUACGUGUGCAUAACCCUGCCAACAGUAAGGACUCUUCCAGCAACCCGUUCGGACAAGCCUUGGUUGAGCUGUGCCGUGAAGCUGAGCUGCUUAUUAUGAAUGGUCGUGUGCCCGGUGAUAUGGAGGGUGAGUUCACGUUCUAUCACGCCCACGGCCUGGCCUGUAGUAUGAUUGACCUCUUUAUCUGCUCGCCUGCUUUGGUUUCGCGGGCAUCGCAACUGCAAGUGCUGGGCAUUCCCAUUGCUACGGAGGGGCCCAAAGUGGGAUCGAGGCUCAGCGAUCACUGCCCGGUGACACUCACUCUGGACGUCGGAUUAGGAGGAACGCGUAGGGGUGGUAUCAGGGAUUCCUCUCGCAUGGGGAAGCGUGAGUGGGAGCGGUUCACGCGCCUGUUUGAGGUAGAGGAUGCUGCUGUCGUACAGAAGAUCGACGAGGCUGUCAACCAACUGGGGCAUGGUCUCAACAGCACGGAGGUUGUUACUGUGGUCUGUCGGGCUCUUAAGAAGGCUAUUGACGCCGCGUUUCGCCUGGAUAGGAGGCAGGGGGCCAGUUCUAGUGCAGGCAGGACGGACAAGGAUGCGCCUUGGUGGACACCUGAGUGUGCGGAGGCCCGGGAGGCUAUGUUUGCUCAAAAGGCGCUCAUGCGUGCUAACGGUCUGCUGGGGGAUCAGGAUGCCAAAGCUGAGUUCAGUCGGUUGCGCACGAAGUAUCAACGUCUUCGCAGAGAGGCUAAGGACAAGUUCCGGGUCAUGCAUUUUGAAGGAGUUAUCGAAGAAUGUCGGGGGGAUCCACGGGCGCUUUGGGGUCGGCUGAAUAGUAGGCUUAGUCAGGGGUGCCCUAUCACGGAUGUCAAUAGUUGGGGAGCCUAUUUCAACGCGCUGUUUAAUGGGGAAGUCAAUGCGUUUAACGAAGUUUCCGCGGACACCAUCCUUAGUACCAUCAACGGUGUGCCACAUGGGAGGGGGAGAGGAUGGGCCAGGGCGACAGGCGAUCGGGUAGCACGAGUCACUGCUGCUGCCGCACUUAACGUUCCGUUUACUUUGGCUGAAGUCAUCGCUGCGCUGAAGUCCCUGCGUAAUAACAAGUCUGGUGGUUUAGGCAGAGUGCCGGCUGAAUGUUUCAAGUGUGCGACGAGAGAGGUUGAGGGUAGGAGGAUGUACGUUUUAGCUCCUUACCUGCUCAAGCUACUAGAGCAUAUCCGCAGCACGGGGGAUUACCCUGAGCAGUUUGAGAUCUCUGCGCUUACGCCCAUUCACAAGAAAGGCGAUGUGAUGGAGAAGGGUAACUAUAGGGGAUUAGCAGUGGGUGGUGUUUUGUCUAAGCUGUAUGCGUUUAUGUUAGAGCAUAGGCUGUCUCGUUGGGGCGAGCUGGUGGGAGCUAGGUCGCCGUAUCAGGGAGGUUUCCGACGCAAGCGGGGUACCUGCCACAAUCUGUUUCUGUUACGUCACCUGACGGACAAACAUAAGGGGGGGCGAGACGCAGUUGACCCCCUGUUCGUUUGUCAGAUUGACUUUGAGAAAGCGUUUGACAAGGUGCCACGUGAUCUUUUGUGGUUAAGGUUGGAGGAACGGGGUGUACAUGGCGCUAUGUUGGAGGCUCUCAAGACUUGUUACAACAAGGUCAUGAUGCGUGUCAGGGUAGACGGAGUGACGGGGGAUCCUUUUGAAUCUUCGCAGGGAGUCAAGCAAGGUUGCCCUCUCAGCCCUACGCUUUACGGGAUUUUUGGCGAGGGGUUUGCUGACUAUGUUGACGCUAAGGAUAAGUGGCUCCCUGAUGCUAUGCGCGCCAAGCAGCAGACUCCUCAUGCGGAUGGCCGGCGUAUCCCGUUGGAACUGUAUGCCGACGACCUCAGCCUUUUCGCUACGACGCACAGACGGCUGAUUGUGUUGCUCGCUGAUUUGAGAGAGUGGUGUGAGGCCUUUGGGAUGCGGGUGAAUGUUCGUAAAUGUGAAUUGAUGGUUUUCCACCCUCGUGCCAAUAUCCGUGAGGCUUUUGCUUCCCUUUGCCCCGUGGUGUGGACUUCUAUUGAGGGAAAUGCGCGAGUACCUAUGGUUAUUCCCUGGGUACAACGAGCCCGUUACCUUGGUUUGCACUUUGGUCCUGGCACACCUUUUGUUUCCUGCACAGAGGAACUGUUGACCUCUGGCCGACGUGCUAUGUUUUCUCUUCAGCGUAAAUUAAAACGCCUAGGUCUCUUGGUCCCUGCUGUUGCAGUUAAGUGCUUCGACGUGCAAGUCCGCUCCAUCUUGUCGUACGGUGUCCAGGUGUGGGGGCCUGAUGUGGUGCUGAAGUUAAUGACGGACUGCGAGAAUGCCGCGAGGUACUUUGACAGAUCCUUGCGGGACCCAAUGGUGCAGUUACAAAGGGGAUUUCUUCGGGAGAUUGCGGGUGUUAAAGUCUCGCCGGAUAAGUUGCUGUUUAAGGAGUUUAACCAGCGCCCCCUGCAUGUCUUUUGGUUGGAACUGUUUCUGAGGUUUUGGAAUGACCUGGUCAAGCAGAAGGACACGGUCUACCACCAGGCGUUGCGAGGUGAAAUUCGUUCGGCCCUCAGUACUGAGCAUUAUGAUGGCUGGGGUUCUAAGGUGUUGAAGAUUCUGAAAAUGUUAGGGACGGAUUUGACGGCCUUGGGGGGUGAGUUGGACUUGAAUGCGCGUGUGGAACGUAUUGCUGGCACGGAGCUAAAUGUGUCUACUCUCACUAAAAAGUUUGCUGAUAGAAUGGAUGCGGAUUGGGAGGAUAGGAGUUUGGAAGAUGACCCGCGGCUUUUCAACCCAGUAGACCCCGUACCUGGGGUUGGAGUUAAGAUGUGCAGGUACAAAAAUUGGAUGGGUGACCCGGUUGACAGGGGGUACAUUACUCAGCGGCAGCAUGUGAACCUGAUGCGUUUUCGGCUGUGUGUGUGGGGCAUUGAAGCCAAUCGCCCUAGGGGUAGGCAACGAGUAGCGCGUGUCUGUCCUAUGUGUGCCGUGCAGGGGUCGCCGGGGAGAGUGGAAGAUGAGAAGCACAUCCUCAUUGAAUGUCCCGCUUACGAUGAUUUGCGUGACAAGAUAUGGGAAAGUGGUGUCUCACGGGAUGCUGAUAUGAUUGCUGUCAUGGGCAUGGAGAAUCAGGCAUUGCUCGCUAGUGUAAUCACUAGCAUGCGAAGUCGCAGGAUUGCGCAGACAGGGUUUAUCAUAUGAUUAGCGUUCUGUUUGUUGUCUCUUUUGUUUGCUUUUUCUUCAUUUGGUUGUUUUCGCGUUUUUGUGCUCGCGAUCCAUGAGCCUUCUGGCUCGGACGGAUCUUACGAGCUCGGUACGAAGCUUGUAACACAUACAUACAUACAUACCCUGCCAACAACAGGUUAUCCUACCAGGUUUUGCCAACUCUAUUUUUAGGUGUGUAUGUUUGGUGAGGCGCUUGACCUGCUGCCUGUCAACCCUGCUGACCGGUUUCACAGUUUACAGGGGCUUUGCCCUGCCAUGCAAACUUUCGCAAUUUGGAACCAGAAAACAUGUGGUUGGAAAGUAAGGAGAACGGCUUACCAACUACCUGCAAAAGGUCUUAGGUCAAGAGGGAGGCAUGCGCAAGGUGUUGCGCUAGUUCGGGCCUCGUUCGCAGCCAGUCCCGAGCCAGACAAAGUUCAGCCAUCAGCCUCGAGCCAAGCGCUAAAGCCGUCGGGCUCUUUGGCUCACUUCUGGCCAGCCGUCUCGUGGAAUCGGUACCACCUUCAAAUCCUCUUUGUUGACCAAACGGACACAGUUCGGGCGCGGCUAGCAGCAGGUCUUUUCGAGAGAUGUGCAGAGUGGAAUGGCCACGGCAGGGCCCUGGUUCCCUGGACCUGCGGCCUCUCCGCCUCCCCCUCUCGCGACAUCCACUCCAUAUCCAAGCUGGCCGCGCUGCUGGUUGCCGCAGCCGGCCUGCAGCUGCUGCCCCGCUCCUUCACGCGCGCGCCCGAGGCCUUCGAGCCCGCUGACCUGGACCGCUACGACCUGCUGGUUGCGCUGGACAGCGGCGUGCUGGAGGGGCUGCGGCGGGCGGUGGAGGCGGAGUGCCCGGAGGGGGGGCCGGACAGGGAGCACUACAUGCAGAAGCUGUGCCUGCUCAGCUCCUUCAGCCACUACGAGUGCGACGAGGUGCUCACGCGGCGGGGCGGCAGCGCGCUGCUGCCCGCGCAGCUGUCCGGCAGGAUGAGCGCAGGGCCGGGGGGGCUGCAGGCCCUCCGAGCGGUCCAGGACAUCCGCUCGCCCGACCUGGCCGCCCCCGACGCCGCGUCGCAGUGGGACGCGGCGGUGUGUGCGCUCAUCCUGUCCACCGCCAGCCUGGUGAAGUACUGCAUGGACGCGUACCCGGAGCACAUGCCGCACUGGGACCCCGUGGAUUGAGCCCAGGCCGGGGAGGAGGGCGGAAGGGAAAAAAGAAAAUUCCAAUGUGUGUUUUGAAUAUGAUACAAGGUGCUGACAGUCCCUGGUGGAAACAACCGUGAGUGGGCGGAGGGGAGGGAGGGAAAAACGUAAUGGCAAGUGAAGUUACUGGAGAGGAGAGAGCAAGUGGAGAGGGAGAGCAACUGGAGGGGAGGAGAGGGGAGAAAGGAGAAGGAUGUCCGGCUAGGCCUGGCUGGGGAACCUCCGCUCUUGGGUGCUUGUUCAUGGUUGCGGAUGGCGUGGUGCACUGGAAGGAAAGCUGCAGGACGGGGGGGGCGUUGGCUUCUCAUCUGUUGUGUUCUGUCUCCCCUAGUUAUAGUGCUGAUUGGGUGCUGACCCGCUUGCUUGCCGCUUGCUUGUCUGUGCCAGCUGCUGUAUCAUAUGCGGGCGUACCUCAUGUCUGUACAAUACCAAGCGGUAACAUGCCCUGACACGGUUUAGCUGUGUAGUGUUGCGGCCCGAGCCGUGUGCUACCGGUACUGCGAGGUUCGUUGUGCUGCUGUUUGCCAAGCCCCUUGUUGCACAAUACGACCUUCUUGUUGUAUGAUAUGGCCCCCUUGUUGUACAGUAUUAGCCAAGGUGGAUACACCUUGUUGUACAAUACGGCGCUCUUGUUGUACAGUUGAAACCCAGGUGGCUGCUGACUCAUCUGUAUCUUAAAUUCCUCGUUGCAUCAAUCUCGUUGGUAACCCAUGUAAGCGGGGUAUGUACAUAUGUUGUAGUUGACUGCCGUACAGUGAUGUUGGUUGGUUAUACGUUGAAUGGGAGCCGUUGUGUGAGCGGUUGGUUUGUUCGUUAGGCCCUUACGCCGGUCUAAGUGUUUUGUUUCGAAGGCCGGGUGUCGGAAUUCCAUUUCUUGUUUUGCUCUGUAGUGUAGGCUUAUGCGUUGGGAAGUUGUGAACGUAAUUCGGUGAUGCCUCUCGCCUGAGUGAUGAUCAACACUGGAAACCGGAAAACUUGGAAAGGUUUUUCUACAUAUGGAGGAGAGACGUCCCAUGCGAAUCUUUGCCGGCAGCUUAAAGCCGGAGACGCAUGCUACUUUCAUUAGUGCAUUGCAAUCAUACACCUUUCAAUUCAUACGAGUCAAUGAUGGUGUUGGGCAGAGAGGAAAUUUUGGGUCCUCAGGAUCUGGUCUCGUAAAGAGGGGCUGUAGCCGCCGUACGGUGGUGGUUGCAGCGUGGAUGUCGAAUUCGGCGUUAUCAGAGCCUCACACUUGAGCAACGUGUUGCGAAUGCAGUUGACGUUGUUGGUGUCAGGUCUCAGGUGGCUGGCAGGUGCUAGGGGAGCGAGCUAGGCCGCCUGGAAAGAGGCCUACGACGCGUCCAUGUGGGCGUGUGGGUUAUAGCCCCAGUGGGCACCGCAAGCACCCUGGUGGAGCUUGGGAGUGGUGUGUUGAGCUGUUAACCCAACUGCGCCGCUGUGGAGUGUGUGGGGGUGCCGGUGUUUGUCUAUUGCCUGAUAAGCCCCUGCUUUGUCGCUAAUGACGCGGUGAAGCUGAGCGCGAAGCAGAACCACGAAGUGUGUUGAACAGCCCUGUGGCUCGUGUUCGAGGUCCUCACGACCCACGGGUCGGUGUACCGGUUGCUUCAGGUCUGUGCGUGAAGAGAAGGACGUAGCGUUUCAUGUGCCUGCCUUACAAGGGUACAAUCCUGCACAGAACCAGCAGCCCACCUUACGGCACUCGCCUGUACUUGGGUUGCCACAGGCGGUUCCCCUGGUUGCAGCACACAGGGACCACUUACCGCCUAGCCAAGUGCAAGUGCAUGUUCGUGACUCUGCAGUGCACGAAGCUGCAGUCCCGAGUCACGUGCGGUACGGCUGCCAACCACAUCAUAACACGGGCAUGGCAUGGAUACACCAUAUGAUGGUUGGCGAAUGACGAAACACACUCCGACGACCUGCUGUCCUGAUGCCGUAACACACGUUUGCAAACAAC